AUGGUAAAGUUCCAGUCGAAUAAAAACCAGUUUGUUUUUACAUUUGCAAAGAAUUUUCUUGGAAUUUCAUUAUGGAUACCAGCUCUUUUAUUCAUUGAACAACACAUUUUCAGUGUUGGAAGCAUUGAUGGCAGGUCUAUGAAGCCGACGUUAAAUCCGGAAACGAAUUUUUUAAAGCGUGACAAAGUGCUUGUUUGGAAAUGGAACAAGAACUUUGAAAGAGGUGACGUUGUUAUAUUAAGAUCACCAGAAGAUCCUCAAAGGCUUCUCGUUAAGCGUGUACUUGCAAUUGAGGAUGAUUUAGUAAAAACGCGACCGCCGAAAAGUACAAGAUUUGUACCGAUUCCAGAAGGGCAUGUUUGGGUGGAAGGAGACGAACAGUUUCAUUCUAUUGAUAGUAAUCAAUUUGGCCCAGUUUCGACCGGUUUAAUUACUGCAAAAAUCAUAGCUAUUGUUUUCCCAUUUUCCCGAAUGAGACGCAUCACUAACGAUGACAUGAGAAAAGACGCUUUAGUUAUAAAUACAAAUUUUGAUUAG